AUGCUUUUCCCUCGCAUCCUUGGCGUGCUCGCCAGCACGCUGCCGCUCGCUACCUGGGCUACUGAGCUCACUGGCUACGACUAUGUCGUCGUCGGCUCCGGUGCCGGCGGUGGUCCUCUCGCCGCCCGCCUGGCCAUGGCCGGCCACAAGACCCUGCUGCUCGAGGCAGGUGACGACCAGGGCGCCAACGAGAACUACACCAUCCCGGCCUACAGCGCCAAGUCCUCUGAGGACGGUGCUCUCGCCUGGAACUUCUUCGUCCGCCACUACGCCGACGACGAGCGCCAGGCCCGUGACUUCAAGACCACCUGGGAGACUCCCGAUGGAACUGAGUACACAGGCAAGAACCCGCCCGAGGGCUCGACCAUCAAGGGCACGCUCUACCCCCGCACGGGUACCCUCGGUGGCUGCACGGCUCACAACGCGCUGAUCGCCGUGUACCCUCACCAGUCGGAUUUCGAGUACAUCUCGACUCUCACUGGUGACUCGUCGUGGGGCCCCGAGUCGAUGCGCAAGUACUUCACGCGCAUGGAGAAGAACCAGUACCUUCUCCCCGGCCAGGAGGGCCACGGCUACGACGGCUGGCUCGAGACCGAGACUGCGCCGCUGAGCAUCGUGCUCGAGGACCCCCAGCUUCUGUCGAUGCUGACGGGUGGCGCCUUCGCUCUGGGCAACCUGACUGACAACAUCUUCAACCUCGGCACCCUCCUUGUCGGCGAUGCCAACGCCGACACCGAGUCCCGUGACAAGAACCCGGCCUACUACCAGAUCCCUCUCUCGACCAACGACGCCAAGCGUACCGGCUCUCGUGAGUUCGUCGUCGCCGUCCGCGACGCCGUCGACGCCGAUGGCAACAAGAGGUACCCGCUCGAUGUCCGCCUGAACACCUUCGUCACCAAGGUUACCUUCGAUGAGACCGUUACCCCUCCCCGUGCUACCGGUGUCGAGUUCCUCGAGGGCCAGUACCUGUACAGCGCCUCUCCCCGUUCUUCCGCUAGCAACACGGGCACCCCCGGCAGCGCCACCGCCAACCUCGAGGUCAUCGUCGCUGGUGGUGUCUACAACUCUCCCCAGCUGCUGAAGCUCUCCGGUGUUGGUCCUAAGGAGGAGCUCGAGAAGUUCGACAUCCCCGUCAUCUCGGACCUCCCCGGUGUCGGCACCAACCUGCAGGACCACUACGAGAUCUCUGUCCAGGGCACCAUCGAGAACAACUUCACCUCGUUCGACGGCUGCACCUUCCGCCUCGACAGCCCCGACGAUGCCUGCGUCGACCGCUGGGAGAACCCCAUCCUCGGCGACCGCGGCAUCUACUCCUCGUCCGGUCUCGCCGCCACCAUGUUCUACAAGUCGACCGCCACCGCCGACGACUCGUUCGACAUCUUCGCCUUCGGCGGCCCCGUCAACUUCCGCGGCUACUUCCCCAACUACUCGUACAACGCCACCAUCAACCACAACUGGUUCACCUGGGCCAUCCUGAAGGCGCACCCGCGCAACACGGCCGGCACCGUCACCCUGCGCUCGGCCGACCCGCUCGACAUGCCCGACAUCGUCUUCAACUACUUCGACACCGGUGUCGGCGACUCCAGCAAGGAUCUCCAGGCCCUGUACGAGGCCGUCGAGCUCGCCCGCGACGCCUUCUCGCGCCAGCCCAUCGAGGUCACCGAGAUGCUUCCCGGUAGCGAGGUCCAGGGCCAGGAGGCCGUCGAGCAGUACGCCAAGGACGUCGCCUGGGGCCACCACGCCUCGUCCACCUGCCCCAUCGGCGCCGACGACGACAAGAUGGCCGUCCUCGACUCCAAGUUCCAGGUCCGCGGCGUCCAGGGUCUGCGUGUUGUCGACGCUUCCGUCUACCCCCGCAUUCCCGGCACCUUCACCGCCGUCUCCACCUACAUGGUUGCUGAGAAGGCGGCUGAUGACAUCCUUGCUGCUGCCAGGGCCAACGCCACCACCAAGGCAUGA